GUUGUGUCUGGAGCAGAGUAGCGGGGAAGCCCAGCCCUCAGCGGUGAUAGAUGACAGCCAACGUGUGAAAGAUAGAUUUAAUUAAGGCAGCUCUCCACGCUGCGGGGGCCACGGGACACCCUAGGCUCCGCCCCCCGUUCCACCGCCUUCCUGGCUCAGUUCUCGUGACCACUCCAUAGCGGACGGACGCGUCUCGACUCCGCUCCUCGAUCGAGAGCUUGCCUGGGGAGUGUUUGUGUGUGUUUGUUGGUUUCUUACACCAGGCCCCAAGACCUAACAGGACUACCACCACCGUGCGACGUGUGGAUACACUAGGAUUUCUUCGAGGACUUUCUUGGAGGGGACGUGAAUCGCUGUCGGACUUAAUAUUCUUUCUUGGGGAUUUCUUCGUGCGUUUGUGAAGAUUCUCUCCAAGGGCGUUCGCGUAUUUCUUCAAGGAGAUAACCGCGCGUUUGGAUUUCCUCUUUAAUUUCUCCGCUAGUCGGUUUGUUUCCGAAGGUGGAAAGCCGGCCACUUCUGAAAGUUCGCCCGCGGAAAGAGAACCACCACCACAUAAUUUUAAAACCGCGCCGCUUCGCCUUAUUUCUCUCUCUCCCUCUCUCUUCCUACCGGUGCCCGUGAGUCAGAUGUGAGGAUAUGUGUGUGUACUUCUCGCCAGCGGCUAGGCAAUACCACAUACCAGCGGGACAGGAGUACACGGGGAGAUAAAUCGUCUCCCAUUCAGUGCCGUCGUUAUCAGUCGUCAGCACAGCAGAAACGCUAUCUGUGUGGAACCGAUUGGAACGGGUUGUCGGUACCUCUCCGCUCGGGCUUGCUUUACCUUUCCUUACGACGCUCUAAAACGCUCGUCACACUACCAAGGUAUGUUGUAUGUAACGCUUUGGAUGCGGGGAAGCGCUUCUAUUCAGAGCUAGCAUUGGCUUGCAUUCACGUUACGGGCAAAGCUUAGCUUGCUCAGAAGAUUUACUUGUCGGACGUGAGCUAUUGUAGCGGGAGGCUCGACUGUUUACAGAGGGACGGGUACAGCUGGCCACUUUGUUUUGAGAAGAAGCGGAGAGAAAUCUCGGGACGUAAAACCGUGUUAUUCUGACCAAGUGAAAGUGUUGUUUUUGUCUCACAAGACCAUAAUGGCCCAGGUACGGACGUUAAGUAUGCGGUUUCUCCUGCUGAGCGUUCUCACGGUUUGUAACGUCUGCGGGACCGAGGUGAGAUACUCGGUGCUGGAAGAAGAGCCGCCGAACACUUAUAUCGGGAACCUGGCGCGGGACUUGGGAGUGGUGGGCGCCGCGACGCCUCGGACGUUCGCGAUCCUGUCGAACUCGUCCCAGUCGCGGGUGACGGUGGACGAGGUGACCGGGGUGCUGUCCACGGAUGGGCGGAUAGAUCGGGACGUGCUGUGCCCGCGGGCGCAGGUCUGUGAGGUCGGGCUUGAAGUGGCCAUGCUGCCCAAACAGUUCUUCCAGCUGAUCCAGGUGCGGAUCACAGUGGAAGACCAGAACGACAACACCCCUCGGUUCCGCAGCAGCGUGGUCACCCUGGACCUCUCGGAGGCGACCGCGGUCAACACCCGCGUGCCGCUCGAUAGCGCCACGGACCUGGACUCCGAGCGGUUCUCGGUCCAGACCUAUACUUUACAGACCUCGGCCGACCACGCGCCGUUCGACAUCAACAUCUUCGACGGCGUGGACGGGAGUAAGAACGUGGAGCUGGUGGUGGCGCAGGCGCUAGACCGGGAGGCGCGCUCCUUCUACCGCCUCGUCCUCACCGCCUUCGACGGCGGCAACCCUCGGCGCUAUGACAGCCAGGUUCUGAACGUCAACAUCUUGGACACGAACGACAACAGCCCCGUGUUUGAAGAAGAGAGCUACUCCGUGAGCAUAAUGGAAAACAGUCCGGUCGGGACGCUCGUGCUGGACUUGAACGCUACCGAUCCGGAUGAAGGUACGAACGGAGAAGUUGUGUACUCUUUCAGUAACUCUAUGUCGGACUCUCUCCUCUCGCUGUUCGCCUUGGACCCGAUCACGGGUAGGAUAACGAUCAACGCCCCGUUAGAUCGUGAGUCGGCGGCGGGCAAAGUUUACCAGCUCACCGUGCAGGCUCGAGACAGGGGCGUCAAUUCCGCGCCCACCUUCGCGACGGUCCUUAUCAAUGUCGGCGACACAAACGACAACGCGCCUCUGGUGACCUUAAACUUCGUCACCUCGUCAGAAGGACCGGUGUAUCUCUCGGAAGACGUGCCUGUGGAGACUUUCCUGGCGUAUCUCACUGUCUCAGACCGAGACGGCGGGAGGAACGGACGGGUGAACGUGACGCUCGACGGCGCGAAUAAACACUUCAAACUUCAGUCUGUCCCGCAGGGCGACGGACAGUUUUUGAUCGUCACGUCGUCCAAACUGGACAGAGAGACGUUACCGACGUACAACGUGACCGUCAUAGCUAAGGACGCCGGAAAACCGCCGAAGGUGUCCUACAAAUCAUUUGACAUCAUCCUCAUGGAUGUGAACGACAACUCCCCCGACUUUGGGACGGAUCGGCUGGAGUUUGAGCUAGCGGAAGAAGGCGAGGCUGGAACGUACGUCGGCACAGCCACCGCCACCGACCCGGACCAGGGCGCGAACGGCGAGGUCGUCUACUCCACCUCCGACGGCGACCAGACCGUCUACGUGGACCCGGAAAACGGCAACAUCAUUGUCAACGAGGUUAUCGACCGGGAGACGCGCGAGUUUAUCCAGUUCACCAUGGUGGCGCGAGACGGGGGUGUUCCCUCCCGCAUGGGGUCCGUCCUGGUCACCAUCAGGAUUACCGACAAGAACGACAACGCUCCCGCCUUCACGGAGAGCACCUACCCGUUCUACAUCACCGAAUCCGUCGCGGUGGGGACUUCAGUAGGGACUGUGGUGUCCACAGACGCAGACAUCGGCAGGAACGCCAAGCGGAGGUACAGAAUCAUACAGGGAAACGAGGAGGGAAAGUUCUCCAUCAAUCCCGAGAACGGGGUGAUCUACACAGCGGACCAGUUGGAUUACGAACAGGUGAGACAAUACGAGUUGAUUGUUGAAGUUCGUGACAGUGGAGUCCCCCAAAUGAGUGACACAUGUCUUGUCAGGGUCUUUGUCCAGGACGAGAACGACAACAGACCCGAAAUCACCUUCCCCAACAACAGAAAGAAUGUUGUGUAUGUCCCCCUCACUGCCCCAGUUGGUUACCUAGCAACAAGCAUCCAAGCAGUAGAUUGGGAUGAGGGGCCUAACGGGGAGUUGUCAUAUUCCAUCACCAAUGGCAACCGUUUGGGCAUUUUCGUCAUCUCCGAGCUCGGGGACAUCAGGACGGUCAAACUGAUCAAGCCAGAUUGGGCGGGGCUGUACACCCUUACCGUCAUGGUAACGGACCACGGAGCCACGCCCUCCUCUGCCACCACCCUGCUCAACAUCUUUUUAAGCGACGCCGUUUAUAACGGCUCGACCAUGAUUGGCGGGGACCUGCUCCCUGCAAACGUGACGGACUGGAACAGGUUCAACAUCGCCAACACCCGCCAGAAAGACGACGGCUUCAGCAUCCCUAUUAUAAUCGUGAUUGCGCUGAGCUGCGCUCUCGUUCUCCUGGUAUCCAUCGUGGUCGUGGUUAUCCUCAAGUGUCGGCGCAGAAACAAAGAGGAAAGGACAUACAACAAUGCCGAAAAACAGCCUGUACCGCAGCAGAGGAACUCUACAAAUAGAGGCAGCGGUAGGAAAAGAAACACGUCUCACAGAGAAAUCGUUGUGACAGUAAACGAAGCGGCACAUAAAAUGGACUACAAUGAUAUCAUAAAAGAGGAACCCGACGGACAGGAGAGUUCCAGUCCGGGUUCGCUCACGGAGACUUCCCCUCCAGACUCGGAGUCUAAACUCCUUAAGAAGGACCCUCCCAAGGUGAAGAACCUUGCCAAGAAGGAACAGCCCGUAAGAGCGGAGAGUGAGACAGACGAGUCGGGAUCGGGACCGGAACGGAAGGAAAGACAGGAGGCAGGAUCUUCUGAAGACGAGGAGGCUCGUCUGUUAAGGAUGCUCAAGGACGGACACACCUCCGACGAGAGCCUCAACUCCACCCAUAGCAACCAUGACAGUGGGCGUGGCUCCGUCCAUAGCAACCACGACAGCGGCCGGGGAGACAGCGACAAGGAGGUCCGCAGCUCACCCACUGCUGACCUUCGACCCCAAAGUUGUGAGGGGGCUUCGAACAAGACAGAACUACCCGUAGAGACAGGAAUGCCACCACCCCCUUGCAACGUGCUGUCCCGAUGCACCCAGGAGUGUCGUAUUCUCGGCCACUCGGACCGAUGUUGGAUGCCGGUCCCUCCCAACAACCACAUCCCCAACAUCAACGGCAGCAACAACAACUCUCCAUCCCACCACAGCCGCCUCAACUCACCCGUACGGAACAGCCCAGAGAAAGCCAAGAUCCUGAAGAUCAAAGAUUUCAACAACCCUUCCACGGGGAACGGCAGGAAGGUCACUUUCGUCGAUCAAAGGCCGGAUUCUCCCGUGAGCUAUGACGGCUCACAUCACUCCUCGCCGACCAAUAGCAACAAGGGGUUGAACUUGAAAAACUCCCCGAGUCACGUGGCAUCGGCGAGCUAUCGGAAUUCCCCCACGAAAACCGGGAAGAGCUUGUACGAGGAUACCAACAGGAACGCUGCCUACGGCAGCCCCAACAGGAACACGUUUGUGGAUAACAACGUCACCCACAGAACUCCUUACGAAGACUCCAACAAAAAUCCCUACAGUCCGCACAAGGCGGACCCCAGAUUUACCGGGUACGAGGCCGUGAAGCCCAACAGGAAACCUCUGUGUUUACGGACCUUCGACCCCAACAGAGAGUUCAAGGGCACGACGACCUUGGGAGACAGUAGCACGAGUUCCGAGGAGGGGAACGAACUCUACAACAUGGAGGAUGUGUCUGAGGUGUUAGACAAUGUGGAGGGGACCCCACCUGACAGUCCAUACGGGGACUCCAGUCCGUAUAAACCCAAAGAACUGGCACGGGAGCUCGACGAACUCACGUUUAGCUCCUUCAGAGUCUAGAAUAUGUAACUAUAAUUAUAUUGAAAAAUAUAUAUAGAUAUAUACAGAUAUUUGUGAAUAUGAUGUAUGAAUAUAUUAGCUGUUGUGUUGAAAGUACCAAAUUAUGGCCAAUCGACCUGUAAUGCCUGGGAUUUGCUCUUGACGAGUAGCAAAAUUGUCAGUCGAAAUGGUGGAAAACUAUUUUCCAGGCGAAGUGUCCUUUGCAAUAUUCUACCAGCGAAGUGAAGGGCAGACUCAAGGGCAAAGGGCAGAGGUCGAUGCUUUUCCAUCAGGUGUCUGAGUGUCUCUUACCGGUGAUGAUAUGCAAAAUGCAAAAGUUUUCAUUAUUUGUGGACCAAAGUUAUGCUCUGUUCAUGUUGCUUCUCGAAGAAUACCAAUGACUAGUAAGACGACGGCAGAAUAUUCUUAUUUUCUAAGUAUGAUAUCCUUCUCGUAGUGGCGUUCAGUGAACAUGUUGUAACACCCCUGCAUGUAACACUGGUCAACAAAGUUUAUAUUUUAUCUUUAUACACAAGAGCAUGUUUUUCUUCGUCAUUUUAUGAGUAGACAAGUGUCCAAAGCUUGAAGGUUACAUGUGAACUUGUUGCUCGAUUUACAAUCAAGAUUUGCAAUACUGUAACACUUAGAAGA